AUGGCUGCCACCAAGUGGGAAAUAGGAAUCCUCUUCCUCACUCAGCUGGGAGUGGGAAUCCUUGCAAACGCCUCUCUCCUGUGUUUUUAUAACUUCACACUUCUCACUGGACACAAGGUGAGACCCACAGACUUGAUUCUCAAUCAACUGGUCUUAGCCAACUCCUUGGUGCUUUUAUUGAGAGGGAUCCCUCAGGCCAUGGCAGCCUUUAGAUCAAAAUAUUUUCUGAAUGAGAUCGUAUGUAAACUUCUUUUCUAUUUCCAUAGAGUGGCCAGAGGGGUUUCCCUCAGCACUACCACACUUCUCGGUGUCUUUACCAUUAAACUAUGUUCCAAUUUCUCUAGGUGGCUGGAGCUCAGAAUAAGAUCCCCAAUGUUCAUUGGUUUCUGCUGUCUCCUUUGCUGGAUCCUGCAUCUGUUGGUAAAUAUUUUUGUUCCUAUCAAAAUGAUUAGUCCUAUGAGUGGCAAAAAUUUUAGUGUGAGAGUAAGUUAUGGAUACUGUUCCGCACUCAAUCCAGACAGAUUUCUCCAAUUUGUGGUUGUAGCAAUAUUCUUCAUAACUGAUUUUGUGUGUUUGAGUCUCAUGGCCUGGGCCAGUGGCUCAGUGGUCCUUUUCCUGCUCAGGCACAAACAGCGAGUCCAACACAUUCACAGCCACAGCCUUGCUCCCAGACCUUCUCCCGAGGCCAGGGCCUCUUGUACCAUCUUGAUCCUUGUGAGUGCUUUUUUCUUCUUUUACUCACUGUCUUCUCUUUUGUUUGUUUGGAUGACUCUAUUUGCUAUUCCAGGCCAGUGGCUGGUGGAUGCCUCUAUGUUUUUGUCUUCAUGUUUCCCAACAUUUAGCCCUUUUGUGCUCAUUUUCAGUGAUACUCGCAUCUCUCAGUUUUGUUUCAUUUCUUGGCAAGGAAAACAUAUUUUCUAA